AUGACAGAGCCACCUGGCCUUUCGGAAGAAGUAAAUUCCCCAGACCAGGAGGAAAUCAGAACAGUACCUCCUAGUGAUUCAAAUGUUGGCUUUCUCGAUGAUCAAGAUAGAUCUCCAGAUACAAUUUUAUAUCGAAAACCACAGGCACGUCCAGCAAUUGAAGAACUCAGACGUCAAAGAGAGCCAAGUACUGAAUUUGAAAGACAACCUAGCGUUCAUUAUGAAAAAUCAGCCGAACGUGAACAAUUUAAAUGGUUUAUUGGCGUUUUUAUUCCUAUGUUUUUAAAUUUAAUAUGCAUUACAUUCUUUGUUGAUCUUCAUAGGUCAAUACAAUCAAUUGGUUGGGGUCUUGCCUCUCUUUUUUUAUUUGCAUCUCACGUUAUGUCAUAUAUUACCCUAAUUAGUUUAUGUGUUAUAUCUACGAACGGAGAUAUGUGUGAUGGAGGUCUCUACUACCUUCUUUCACGUACAUUAGGACCAGAAAUUGGUGGCGCCACCGGAUUAAUUCUAGUUAUUGCGCAUACAACAGCAAUAUCAUUCCGUUUAACCUACACAGCAUCGUUAAUCAUCGAUUUUUACAGUCCAAAGUUCUUAACAAACUCAGCAAGAUGGGAUCGAACUUUAUGGCAAGUAAUUUUCAACUUAAUUCUAUUUUUCGUGUCUCUAUUUGGUAUAGGAACGAUAUUCUACCUCAUGGUUUUCCUUUUUGUGCUUCUUCUCGCUGGAGUUUUGGUUUUCUUUUUGGGAUUUUUCAUAAGAAAGCCAAAUUCCACAGAAUUCUUUACAGGAUUAUCACUAUCUACACUCAGAAAUAACUUUGGCUUACAACACGUUCAUGAACCAGGAAUUUUAGCAAUAUUUGGAAUUUUAUUCCCGGCUUCGAACGCAAUUAUGACUUGCGCCAACUUUAGUGGUAAUCUGAAUCCUCCGAGGUGUGCAAUUCCAAUCGGAGGAUUCGUUUCAAUGCUGAUUUCAUCAGUAUUAUUAAUUUUAGCAUUUAUUCUCGAAGCAUGUUCGUUUAGGUACUCUUCGUCAAUCGAAGGCAAGUUCUGGGCACUCAGAAUCUCUGCAGUACCCAUAAUUACUUACAUCGGAUUCAUUGCCGCUUGUUUUGGUGGAUCUAUGACAAUGCAUACAGGCGGAAGUAGAAUUAUAUCAGCCAUGUGCCAAGAUUCGCUGCUUCCCAAGUUCUUCAGUAAAUGGAAAGUGAAUGGAGAAACAAUGUGGGGACAUAUUUUCCAGCUGAUCAUCUCGAUACUGUUCUCGAUCAUCGACUCAUCGGAUAUGAUGACGUAUAUCACGAACAUUUUCUUCCUUCUCCCAUUUUCUCUUGUAAAUUACACAGUUUGGACCGCAGCAACAGCGCAUUACCCGGGGUUUAGGCCGAGCUUCAAGUUCUAUAGUAAAUGGCUGUCACUGAUAUGCGCGAUUCUUUGCAUUGUAAGGAUGUUUGUAAUUAGUUGGUACAUUGCUUUGCCAUGUAUAGCUUUGACGAUUAUUUUCUAUAUCAUAUUCAGAUGUAGACACAUGGAAGACCACUGGGGAACAGUCACACAGUCUAAAACUUUCUACCAGACGCUAAAAGAAGAAUUAGCUUUGUAUCACGUUCAGCCCCAUCCAAAAACUUUCCGACCAAAUAUCAUUUUGAUAACAACACUUCACCCCGAUCAAAGGCAUCCCACAAUAGACUUCCUAAACAUGCUAUUGCACAACAACGGAAUGGCCGCAGUCGGAAGAGUCCACAUUGUCGACGAAGCAACAAAUUUCACUUUCAAACAACUGGUCGAAGAGCGUGAAUCGACAUACCUGACAACUCAGAAUGGCUAUAAAAUGUUCUAUGACGUGACAAGCGCAAAGACUUUCGUUGAAGGAGUGACAGAUUUGAUAUUAAUGAUGGGAAUAGGUAGAAUGAGGCCAAAUACACUAUGCUUGGUUUUCCCAGAGGACUGGAAAGACACACAAUUCGUUGAUAUUCCUGCAGGAGAAUACAUUAAAUCGCUGGAUAUCGCUGAACAAGCAGUUUUAAACGCUUUCGUUGUAAGGCAUGUCAAACUGCUAUCAGAGAUAACAAAGGGAUUUAUUGAUGUAUGGUGGAAUAUCAAUGGAAGUGGUUUCACCUUGAUUUUGGCUUAUCUUUUAUCAAAAUCUCCAAAAUGGAAGAAAAUAACAAGCCUAAGAGUUAUAACAGUCGCAGAUUUAGAUGCAGGAGCAAAUGCUCAGGAAGAAGAAGUAAAUCUUGCGAAUUUACUAUAUAAAUUUAGAAUUACAGCUGAUGUAAUGACAUUAGAAACAAGUAUAUCUCAAGAUGAACCUACACCAUUGACUAUCAAUAGAUGGAAUGAAAUUUGUACUGCUGUAGGAGAAAAUCCGAAUUAUUCUGAUAAUUUAGAAAUAAAGAGAUCACUUCUUAUGGCAGACCUAGUAAGGACAUAUUCAUCUAACGCAUCUGCAAUAUUCAUGUUGAUUCCAAAUAGACCUCCUGGUGUUUCAAAGAACUUGUAUAUGGCACAGCUUGAUUUGAUGACAGAAGUCAACCGUCCUUUCUGCAUUGUUAAGCAAAAUGGCGAAAGACCUUUCGGUUUCAGCGUUUAA